CUUGAAAGCUUCAAGGUUCUAAGUUGAAAUCCAGAUCACCUCUGGAAUUUGUACACAACCUUCUACAAAUACAGAAAUACUCCACGUCAAUUUAUACUCAUCAUACGAAGAAUUGUCUGGAAAUAAUUCCCACAAUGCGACGCGGUUUUACAUAAUUCAUUUGAUUUAAUCGCAAGCUAGCGCGUUGCUGGUUUGCGAUUCCGGGUCCAUCAACUCUUGACGUUCCUCUUCCGACCCGAGACGCAGACUUUCCCUUUUUACCACUUCCCACCUACAUCUUUGUCGCCCUACUCAGAGAGACGCGCUGCAAUAUUGGAUCUGCAGCUUUAGAGAUGGCGCAGAAUACUGCAAGCGCGGCCCCUUCGCCGCGAUCCUUCGCGAUCCAACAUCAACGCCCUCGAGAAAGCUUCGGAGGAUGCUCAAGAAUCACAGACUACGAGCUUCUUGGUAAACUAGGCGAGGGUACUUUUGGCGAAGUUCAUAAGGCGAGAUCACGAAAAGCUGGGACACUAGUUGCUCUGAAGAAGAUUAUCAUGCACAAUGAAAAAGACGGAUUUCCCAUCACCGCACUUCGAGAGAUCAAGUUGCUUAAACUAUUGUCGCAUAAGAAUGUCUUGCGCUUGGAAGAUAUGGCCGUUGAACAUCACAACAAGAUAACCGACAAGAGAAAGCGACCAAUUAUGUACAUGGUAAUGCUGUACAUGGACCACGACCUGUCUGGCUUACUCGAUAACCCAUCCGUCCAGUUCACUGUACCCCAGAUCAAAUGCUAUCUACUCCAACUCCUCGAAGGCCUCCGUUACCUCCACGACAGCAAGAUUCUCCAUCGCGAUAUGAAGGCUGCCAAUUUACUCAUCAGUAACAAGGGAAUACUUCAGAUUGCCGACUUUGGCCUCGCGAGACAUUAUGACGGCCCGGUUCCGGAACGUGGAAAGGGUGGUGGUGAAGGACGACGGGAAUACACAAGCCUAGUCGUUACACGAUGGUAUCGGCCUCCUGAGCUUCUACUACACCUUAAGAAAUAUACCACUGCUAUUGACAUGUGGGGUGUUGGUUGUGUCUUUGGCGAGAUGCUAGUUGGUAAACCCAUUUUAGCCGGCGAGAGCGAUAGUCACCAGCUUGAGAUAAUAUUUGACCUUGUUGGAACUCCAACGGACCAGACCAUGCCGGGAUGGAAACAGUUGCCUGGAGCUGAGGGACUCAAUCUACGACCGAAACCCUCUACGCUAUCACAGAGAUUCCGUGAACAUGGUUCAAGCGCUAUUUCUUUACUGAAAGAACUCCUGACGCUUGAUUGGAAGACCCGUAUUAAUGCCAUCGACGCAUUAGAACACCCCUAUUUCAAGACAGCACCUUACCCAGCGAAGUCAGAAGAUAUUCCUACCUUUGAAGACAGCCACGAAUUGGAUCGUAGGAAGUUUCAUGACCGAAAAGCUGCUCUUCCGCCGGCUCCCAAAGGAGGCACUGUUGGGGUCGGUGCCUUUGAAGGUCCCAAUGCCUCGUUUGGAAGUAACGAUGGUUAUGGUAACAGGAUGAAUGGUCGGUAUCAGAGACAUCAUGGUGGUGGAGGUGGAGGUGGAUAUCGCGGCGACGACUCACGUAGACCUGCGUGGGCCCGAGACCAGCCUCAUAUGGACCAUCGACUACCGCAACGCCCACCCCCGCCCGAAUAUCCCGGCAAUGGAUGGGAUAAUCCCGCAGAACACCACGACUCGUACAGGGAGCGAGCGCCUAGAAACCGCGGUGCCAAUCGACCAGAUGUCGAUACUUACAUACCUAGUUAUCGUGCUGGUGGACGAGAUGACCGCCCACCCAGAGAGGACCGACCGCCUAGAGAAGAUCGACCUCCCAGAGAAGACCGACUACCCAGAGAGGAUCGGCCACCCCGAGAGGAUCGUCGAAGAUGGGAUGAUCGCGACGACAGACGGCAUGACUGGGAUCGACGCGACCGCGAUUACGACGAUCGCAGUCGAGCAAGUCAGACCCGCAGUCGUAGUCGUUCUCCUAGAGAUAGGGAUCGAGAUCUUUAUAGGCGAUAGAAUCGCAAAGGAUCUCGAAGAUCUCGAGGACCACAACGGCCACAACGGCCACAACGAUCAUCUCUGGGUCCUUCUCACCCUUCUUUACCUCCUAGACCCUGUUCCUCCGACCGGCCUCCUACCCGAUCACGUAGAACCUACUCAUCGGGGACAUCUCGAGGAAGUCGGGAAAGCCAGGGCCCAUAACUGUGUAAUUUAUAGCUGGCUUCUGCCAAUAAUGAGUGCGAUAAGCCUAUGGCGUGGCCCGCAACAUAUGGAUUGGCGUUUUGCGUUCUCGGGAUUUCUAGGACAUGUGCGCUGUUAGGCGCGGUAUAUUGUGCUGGGCUCAUGACAUAGGCUUGGUACAUGAAUCGAUUUGAAUUCUGACA